AUGAAUAUGUAUACAUAUAAAAUGAUAAUAAAGAGUUAUAAUUUUAGUUCCAGAACAAUUCCUCAAAUGAGAGGUAGAACGCUUUCGCCAACUGUCGCCAACUGGUCGCAUUCGUCUUCCUAUGUACAAAUUAAUAUCUACAACACAAACCUUGAGGAACUUCGAAAUCGCGGAGUUGAUUUGAAGCACAUUCUUAAGGACAUUGGAUGCCGUUGUAUCGUUAUGGAUGUUCCUAUAUUGCUUCCUACUGAAAAGAGAUGCUCUGUACAUCUCGAAGAUCAAACUGCGGCGUCGCCAGGACACGACAUACUGCCUCCUGGGACGUUAGAAACUUCAGAUGAUAUUCAUAGCAAAGUUGUCCCUUCCGAUCUUCGCAGUAAAGAAAAGCCCCGCCGAAUAGAGAAGAGUUGCCCAUCUCCGGAGCCCAAUGUUUGUCUUAACGCUCAUUCUAUCGGUGCUGAAAGGCCAAAUUCAGAUGCGCUGCAUGAUCGAGUUAACGGUACAAAUUUGAGGGCGGACUAUCGUGGAAGUGUAAAAAACCGUCGGACUUUCGCCGAAGUAGCAAUGUCGAAAUUAACGUCAGCGGUUGAAGCUGCUGGACAACCUCUGUUCGAAGCACCUGCAAAACCUCUUGACGACAAUUGCAUCGAAGAUAUUCUCUCAGAUUGCGGCGAAAUCCGUGAUGGUUUGGAGGGCAUUGGAUCUGGAUGGCCUUGUGCAACUGAGCUCGAUGGAAGUCUUGCAAUAAAGAAAACUGGAGGGAAUUCUCACACAACUGGGAGAGAAAGUCCUAAAACCUGUAUUGAACCACCAACGCGUGCUUCUCUCGCUUCUGAUGAUAGGGAUGAUGUGGCGGAGGGAGGUCACAGUAAUUGGAUCUUCACUGUUCCUAGCGAGGAUUACCUUAUAGAGGCGAUUUCUGAUGAUUUCUCUCAAUCUGACCUGUAUCUAGACAAGACCACUCGGAGUUCAGAAAAAAGAAAUGAUAGUCCCUGCAGAAGUCGUAAUCAACAAGGGUUGGAGGAUUCGCAGAAAUCCAUUUGUAAACUUGAGGAAAACGGGAACUUCACUUCGGCGAGAAACGACAGCAACCUGAAGUCUCUGCUCAAGGCUGGAGAACUUUCCACCAUCUUUAAAUGCCGUAUGCUGGGUUGUGGACGUAAUCUAAAGUGGCACCCACGGAUGGGUAGAAAUCAUUUAGUCGAUCACGUGCGAACACAUUGGAAAAGGAAUGUCAAAAAGUGCAAAUUAUGUGAUUACAAAGCGGUGGCUUUGAGAAAGGUGAGUAUACGUCUUAUUUACAGGAGGAGAAUAUUGCACGUUUCUCCUGUUAAAUGA